AUGGGUGUAGACACAAUUGAGCAAGUAAUUGAUGGCGUCCUCAGAUCCAAGGCAGGGCUGGUAAGCAAACUGAAGGGGAUCCUGAUGUGGUCCAAAUAUGGGUCGGAGCUGGUCCAGGAUGAGUCUUUCCAGAGUCUGUGUCAUUUGAACUCAACUACCACCUGGAUCGUCAGUCAUUCGUGGAUUUCAGUAGCAAUCUUUGACCUUGAACAGAAUAAAGAAGUCAAACCUAAAUCAGACAGACUGAGUCUUUCUGCAGACUGUUCUCUGGUUAUAAAGAAGGUCACAGAUCAGGAUGUUGGUCUUUACACCUGCAGACAGUUCAAAACAGCAACAGGAUCACAUGAAGGUCCAGACUUUAUGAUUCAUCUGUCUGUUAUUAACAAUGAAGAUGUGAAAACAACAACAAAAUCAACAAUUAAACCAACAUUAAAAAUAACAAAUAUAUGGACAACAAAAGAGGAAGUAAAGACAUCGCUGACAACAACAUCAAAUCAACCAGACGGUGAAGAUGUGAAAACAACUAAAUCAACAAAAGUGAAGUUCACCACAAAAACCUCAUCGUCGACAACAAAAUCCAGAACAUCAACAAUUAAACCAACCGUGAAAAUAAACACAUGGACAACAAGAGAGGAAUUAAAGACAUCAGCAGGGACACUGACAACAGCAUCAAAUAUUCCAUCAGGAGAAAACAAAACACAAUGUGGCAACAACACGGGACUGAGUUUAAACCCUGCAGACACUGAAUGUGGUCCAGGAACCAAUCAGGACACGAUGUGGACUGAUGCUGAUGAUGGUGUGUCAUAUGCCUCCAUCAGCCUCACCAAGAAGACCAAGAAUAAAGCCCGGGCUGGUGGUGAUGACGACACUGUGACUUACAGCACAGUGACAGCUGCCUCACCUGCUGGUGUUACCAAUGAUCCCAGCAACCUCUAUUCCACCAUCAGCAAACCAAAGAAAUAGGAUGUUACUCAUAAAAUGUUUCCUAU